AGCGGCCUCUGAUCGAGCAUAUACGGUACUCCGAAAGAGGUGUUUCCACAAGAUCAAGAUGCAGUAUGCUGUGUGGUUGUUCAUGUUGCUGUUAAACUUGUCUGAAUGCAAGCCCAAUAUAGUGUACAUUCUAACUGAUGAUCAGGACAUUAAGCUGGGUGGUGUGAGCAAUCAGACAUACGUCAAUGAUUUGCUAGCUUCUGAGGGACUGUCAUUCACCAAUGCCUUUGUGACCACUCCAGUAUGUUGUCCCUCGAGGUCCUCCAUCCUUACUGGAAAGUAUGUUCACAACCACUACACAUAUGAAAACUCAGUGGAUGCUGGAUGCAAUGCACCUACAUGGAGGUCACUGAAUGAGAACUCUACUAUCGGAACCUAUCUACAAAAAGCUGGAUACAAGACUGGAUUCUUUGGCAAAUAUCUCAACAACUAUGGGCUGCCAGCAUCAGGUGUUGGGCCCGAGCACAUUCCUCCAGGCUGGAGCACAUGGUUCGGUCUCAUUGGGAACAGCAAAUAUUAUGAUUAUUCUGUAUCGAACAAUGGAGUUUUGGAAAAGCAUGGUCACUCAUAUGAAAAGGACUAUUUUACAGACCUUGUUCGUAACCACUCGGUUCAAUUUAUUAAGGCUUCUACAGAUUCCCCAUUCUUUGCUUACAUAGCCACCCCAGCACCACACAGAGAUGCUGAACCUGCCCCCCAGUAUGCCAACGUCUUCAAGGGAAAGGUAGCUCCAAGAACUGCAUCCUAUGGUCAGCAUGGAAAGAACAAGCACUGGAUAAUUUCUGAGGGAACUCCUUCUCUUACCAGUAAUGGCGCACAACUCAUUGACAAUCUCUACCAGGACAGAAAGGAAACACUACUCUCUGUUGAUGACUUGGUUAAAGAGGUAGUCUCCACACUCGAGAGUGAAGGAAUCCUUGAUAAUACAUUUAUCUUUUACAACAGUGACCAUGGUUACCAUCUUGGUCAGUUCAAUCAAAGGGGUGAGAAACGCCAGGUUUAUGACGAGAACAUACGUGUGCCACUGAUAGUGCGCGGACCAGGGAUUGCACCUAACACAGUUACAGAAGCACUGGCUCUCAACAUUGAUAUGGCACCAACGUUCAUUGAUUUCGCUGGCCUGCCAAUUCCUGACAGCAUGGAUGGGGUCUCUCUAAAAGAAACACUCGAGGGAGGGAAAAUUGAGGACUCUUACAACUUUGCUGUGGAAUACUUUGGAGAAGGUUCACCAUUUGGACAUGACGUUUUUUAUACUGGACCAAAUAUUCCUUUUAUUCAUGAUUGUACUAACAAUACUUGGUAUGCCAUUCGUUCCUUCUCCACAAUUGGGUCAGCCAAGAAGUAUGACACCACUCUGUCUCACUACUACAUUAAAGAUUCAUUGUUACCACCUGAUGAAAGAGAUGAUCUCUAUUUUACUGAAAUGUAUGAUCUUACAGAGGAUCCUUGGCAGUUAAACAACCUCAAGAAUGGCGAUCUCAGUCAGGAUUUAACAAUGAUGCUCAGUAAGAUGAAUACCCACCUCAACAAACUUGCUAAAUGCUCCGGUAGGGACUGCCGAGAGUUGAGAGUCACUGAACUCUGAUAAGAUUUAUAGUUUUUACACGUAUUUAUCCCCUGCAUGUAUAAUAAAUAGCUAGAUAUCGUUUAAGCUAAAAUUAAAUUGACAUUGUUAAAAGUUCA